GCGAUACUCGCAAUAGCCUGCAAUAGCCCCAGUGUUCUUCGGUAAUAACCAACAACAAUUCCAACAACGGUGAACUUUCUUCUGUGAUUCAUUUGCCAAUGUUAUGAACAAUUGAAGUACGUACUCAAAUUGUCAUAUAUGUACUACAAUGGUCAUGAACAAGCAAACAGAAUUGAAUUUAUGACGAACAAAAAUAAUACGACAAAAAACAGCAGAAAUGUUGUCAAUUAACUGAUAGCACACUCUGUUGUUGAAAACUUUUUCUCGCUGUCAAAAAUUUUCGAGGUUAAUUUUCAGAUCGUGCCUCAGGAAUACGUUUGAGUAUUGCCAAAGUAUUAUCAUCCAGACUGUGGAAUCCCAAUUGAGAAGUUACAGAGGAUCACAACUGUUGACGUCUUGCAGCUCUAUUGCUCUGUGUCAACAAAUCAUACGGUCUUAACACAUGUAAUGAAAGAAAACUUAUAAACAACAAGACGUGAAAUAAAUUAAACGCCGAAUAAAAUUAACAGCAAUAACAAUAUCACCCGUAAAAUAGUCUUACUCAAAUCACAUAAUACAUGGCUAAAAAAGAAAAUCUAUAAAUAGACGUAAAUAACAAAAAAGAAGUACAACGAACUGCGAUAUGUACGGAAGAUUGCGGUAAAUGGUCGUUCCGUUUUUCAAAGGAGGUGUGAGCUGGAAAUUAGGUAGCACAAAUUGGCCUCACCAACUACAAGUAUCUGUCUAUGAUGUUUCCGUCAGGUCUUGGCUGUAAUCUCUCCUUCCCAAGCUGUCUAGGCUAUCCUCAGGAUAGUGAAGAACUUAUUCCAAAGAUGGCACGUGAACCCAUCAUUUUAAAUGUUUACGAUAUGUAUUGGAUCAACGAAUACACGACUCCCAUUGGCUUGGGUGUAUUUCACUCGGGUGUAGAAAUAUAUGGAACAGAAUGGGCGUACGGCGGACACACUCUACCAAUUUCUGGUAUAUUCAACAUCAUACCACGAGCAGCAGAGGAGUUAGGGGAACAAUUUAGAUUUAGACAAUCUGUACAAAUAGGCUAUACCGACUUCACUGAAGAAGAUGUAUCUAGGAUUAUUGUAGAACUGGGGAAAGAUUUCCGAGGGGAUCGUUAUCACCUUAUGAACAAAAACUGCAACCACUUUAGCAGUCAGUUAACCCAGAUUCUGUGUGGCAUAGAGAUUCCUGGUUGGGUAAAUCGGUUAGCUUAUUUUAGUUCCUGCGUUCCAUUUCUACAGCGUUGCUUGCCCAAAGAAUGGCUGACGCCUGUUGCCUUGCAACAUUCACUGAGUCAUGUGAGUCACCACGACAGCACACCUGCGUCAGACACUUCGUUGUAACAUUUAGCCAAUGACGUUGACAACGACGCAAAUGUAUUUAUGUGUCGUAGAAGUCACACUUUUUAAGUAAAUAUUUGUAUUUAGAGUGCGAGAGAGAGGGAGAGAGAAAGAGAGGGGGGAGGGGGGAGAGAGAAAUUAGACCAAUGUUUUCCGAGGUCUCCGUUAAUUGAUAUGCACUGAGUGCGGGUUGCAAAAAUUUGAUACAAAGUUUUAAUUUAACUUAAAAAUUGAACUGAAAACCGCCUUGAGAUUUUCAAAAUAAUGAGAUAAUAUGUAGUUUUUGCGAUUAUAAAAUUUUAAUCAAAGAACUGGCGAAUUUUUUACAAAUAUUUUAAGCUCUUGUAUAAUUAUCCAAAUGAUGUUGAAAAUUUGCGACUGACUCAUUAUUCAACACACAUUGAAUAACUUAUAUAAUGCCGUCGAACAAGUCUUAGAGCCACUACAUGUCGAACGCAGAAAUUAUAUUGAUUACCUAUUAGCAAAAUCUUUGCAUAUGAUUGCCUCCAGAAAUAAAUACAACCAUCUUCAAGUGUCUUCAAUAACCGUGUUUAUGAAAAAUAUUAGAUUAAGAAGUAUUUACAUCAUUUUCACCUAAAUCCAUUUCGUAGUGAGUAAGAACCAUAUUUAAUUGAAAAAAUUGUUUCAAUCUUGUCUAACGACUGCAGAAAUAGAUGACUAGUCAUAUUUUAUAAAUCAUGCACAACCGUCAAAUUUACUGUAUAAAAUGCACCUGUUAUAAAGCUGAUGUAAAUUUAUCAGACAUUUGUAGUUUCGUCACUUCACAGAAAAGUUACGGAUAAAUUUUUCCUUAAUUUCCUGUUCAAUGAGGUCAACAUUGAGAGAAAAUAAUAAAUUGCAUAGUUCACAACUGAUGCUUCUUUAUUUAAUUAGAUUAUUUGUUACGGAUAAAAUAUACGUACAAACUAUAAAAUGAUCAAUGAUUUCAAGAUUAUACUUUAUGAUUAACUUUAAUAUUCCACAUUUUUAUCAUUACCUUCCUCAUAUUUCCCCUUACUCACACACGCGCAAAUCGAAUUUAUCCGUCAUUUCAACAUUUAUCGUUUAAAGAGGUUCAAUCCUCGUGAAAAUACAUUUACUUGUCUUUUUUAUCGGUUGUAAUAAAAACUUUAAUUUAAUUACACCAAAAGGUGAGUCAUAUCUAAAAGUAAACACUCAUCGCCGAACAAAAUAAUUUCAGCUCAUAUGUUAAUAAAAAAUAAGUAAUUACUAAAUAAAAUGUUAAUAGAGUUGUUCAGAAAAAUUACAUCAGGUUCAACCGGUGUAAUACAGUCACUAUCAAAAUUUCAAUGAACUUAAGUAGCUUGUUUCUGAAAUUAUGAAGCUUUACAAAUUUUGGAUAUAUUCUUACCAAUGAGAAACUUUUCUUGACGAACCAUACUGAGUUUUAAAUUUAAUCGAUUCACAAACUGUCUUAUUAAAGAUGGUAAAAAAUUGAUAUUCACUUCUUAUUUUUAACAUUAGUUUAUGGAACUUUUUUAUAAUUUUAUACUAUUCUAGCAUUAUGCUCAAAGGAGCAACGACGCUUUUAAAUCAAUAUCCACGACUCAUUUUUAAUUUUUGCUUACUUUCUGUGUAUCUCAAAGUUUAGCUGAAGAAAUUAAUGUUAAAUAUUAUUAUCCAAAAGACUACUGGAAACUGACUAUUUUUUUUUUUUACAGAUGUAAUGUUUUCGAUAGUUUGGGUAGUUAAUUGCUUACAUUCGAAAUUCUUUUAUCGAUUUUACAAAAAGUAAGUAAUUUCUA